AUGGCGCCAGGGGGGGGUUCUCGAGAUCAAAGACGCAGAGACUUCACUUUCCGUUACCCAAAACCGAAGACCUCGGAGAGACCUUUACUACAGGGCCAGAGGGAAGGCACGCCUGAGCUGUUGACGUUUGAAGAGACCGAUAAGCCUGCUCCCAAGUUCGCGUCGUUUGCGGACUUGAGUGACAGCGAGGAGGCAGAAAUGUCCCUUUCAGAGAAUUCAGAAGACGAAGAUUCACGCCCCCGGAAACGACGCGCCAUUGCAAGUGAGAGCAAAGACUCAACACCUCCUCCGCCACCUACAGCCCUGAAAUGGUCGAACCCUGAUCCCUACACUGCUCUCCCUCCUCCUGAUGAGAGUCAACACAAGCGCAUGGACGUUGUCAAGAUGAUUCGCAAGGCCAAACUCCAGAAUAGCCUGGACGAGGCCAAGAAAGACGCAGUCACGGACAAUGACGAUUUUAUUUCUCUUGGCCCGGCCCCCGUGAUCUCAACAGAAAGCCAGGCUCCCGAUAAUGCGCCAAAGGGCCCCAAGAGCAUGGAACAACAGCCACCGUCGUUGCCAUCGUCGAAACGGACUCGCGACGACGAGAGCAAAGGCGUUUCCUUCAAGACUGGGAAGCCCAGGGCCCGCUUCAUGGACGAUGGAUCCAUUCUCUACCAAUGGAAAGCCUUCUCUGGCCAGGAUGAUACCCCCUGGAUGUCCAAUACUUAUCCAAUGCACCCAAGCCGAAAGCUGCAUUGUGAAGUUCUUGAUUUCUUCAACUGGGUGAGGCCUCACGAUUACGAGCAGAUUGUUCGCGAAGAUCUCAUUUCCCGCCUUGACGACGCGUUCAGGCAGAGAUACGGUCCUGUCUCGGUCAAGCCCUUUGGCUCAUUUGCUUCCGGAAUGUACUUGCCCACAGCAGAUAUCGAUCUCGUCCUGUUAUCUAAGGGAUUCAUGGCGGGCGGAAGGAAGCAGUUUGGUGAGCGGAAGGGCCAAAUCUACGCCUUCUCUGCGUAUCUGAAGAGCUUGGAAAUUGCAGUACCUGGUUCCAUUGAAACCAUUGCCCACGCUAGAGUUCCGAUUCUGAAGUUUAUCGACAAAUUAACUGGCAUUCGGGUGGAUCUGUCUUUUGAUAACGACAGUGGCAUCAUCGCAAACCGGACUUUCCAGGAGUGGAAGCGGCAGUAUCCCCUCAUGCCUGUCAUCGUGUCUGUUAUCAAGCAGUUCCUGCUUCUGCGCGGCCUCAAUGAAGUGCCCACUGGCGGACUGGGUGGAUUUUCUAUCACCUGUCUAGUGACAAGUCUACUUCAGCACAUGCCCUCUAACAAACAAGACAACAUCGGGGAUGUUUUGAUGUCCUUCUUCGAUUUCUAUGGAUUCAUGAUGGACUACGAACGAGUUGGCCUUCGCAUGGAACCGCCUGGAUAUUACAACAAGGGUUUCGGCGACAAUGACCGCCUGUCAAUCAUCGACCCUAACAACUCUUCGAACGAUAUUUCGGGUGGCACAAAGGAGAUUCGCUUGAUUUUCAGGGCCUUCCGUGAUGCGCACGACAGCCUGAGCCGACGCAUGCAAGAGAUCGCCCAUUCAAAUCAACCAAAGAGCAUUCUUCAAGCCAUCAUCGCAGCAAACUACGACGAGUACACCGAACAGCGAUUCCAGCUCCGCCACGUGUACGAAAACUCCCAGCAGUUCGCCCGGUAUCGAGGAUCCCCCGCUGGAGUAGAUCCCGACAGAAAUGCCCAGAAAACUACUACUCAGAGACCGGUUCAAAAUCCCGCCGACAGACCUCAUCUCGUGCCUCGCGGUCCACGCCGCAAGUAA